AUGUCAAGCCUUCCGGAAGAUAUCUACCGUGAAAUCUUAUUAAGGGCACCAGGGAGAUCACUACUAUCAUGUAAGUUCGUAUGCAAGAACUGGUUUGCUAUAAUUUCUAGAGCUGAUUUUGUUAAGUUGCACCUUAAGUUUGCUAAACAAAGAAACAAGUACGGUCUGGCGCUCAAUACAUAUGACAAACGUACACACUGUGAAGCAAUCUGCUCGGUACCUUAUGAUUCAUUAUCAUCAUCGUCACCGAACGCUGUUAAAUUGGAUCACCCAUUCAGGGAUCACAAUCGAGUUGCGUUGCUGGGUUCAUGUAACGGUCUAGUUGCUCUAUGGAUUAAGAACGGGAUCAAAGACAAUGACAUCUGGUUUGAAGACAAUAGUAGCUGGUUUGUUUGUUUAUGGAACCCAGCGACUAGUGAAUACAAGAAAAUACCUGAAUCGCCAGAUUUUUACUUUAGAAAUCAUUGGCGGCCGCCUAUGGUUCCUAUUUUUGCUUUUGGUUAUGAUCAUAAGAGCGACGAUUAUAAAAUGGUAAAAGUUUUUUUCGUCCAUAAUAUCAUAGGACUAGAACAUGAUUGGAUUGCAUUUAUUUAUACAUUGGGAUCAAAUUCGUGGAAAAGAAUUGACCAAAUCCUCCCAUAUGGAUUUCGUGAGGCUAAAACAUCUCGGGUGCUUGUUAAUGAAGCUCUUCAUUGGUUAGGUAUGAGUUAUACUAAAACAAAGCCAAACUUUUACAUAGUCUCCUGGGGUAUCAGUAGCGAGAGAUUCGAAGUGAUGCAGCUACCUGAAGGGCUUUCAGAAGAUAAGACGUCGAUUUUGGGCUUGUUGAAAGGAUGUCUUUGUGUAUUUUUUAUGAAUUCCUCAAAGUCUGGGCUCGAUGUGUGGGUGAUGCAAGAAUAUGGAGUUCGCGCGUCGUGGACGAAUCAUUUUUCUAUUACUCCAGGACCGAGCUGUAGGGAAAUUACUUGCCACAUUAAGAUAUUAUUGUGUUUGAUUAAUGGUGAGAUUCUACUGGAUUCUAAGGGAAGUUAUAUUUAUAUGACCCGGAUCAUGCAAGAACUAGAAAACUGA